UGUUUGGAGGAAAUCGAGCAAGGAUGGGUUUCAAGUGAUGCUAAGGAAGUGACCAGCUUUCCGUAAUUUCUACCAUGGAACAGCCAGUUUAAGCUUAAAUUCUUUAGUCAAAUUCGUGGAAUUUAGACAACUGCAUCAUGUACUUUGAAGCAGAGCACGAGCGAACGAUCAGGAUCGCGGUGAUGUCCAAAAGAGCAUUGGGCAAGAACAAAGUUUUGACACAAACUAACUGGAAAGAGCGGGUUUUUAUACUAACACCACAGAAGUUAUCUUACCACGAAGGGACAGCAGAGAAACCUGGAAAGUGUAAAGGAGAAAUAGAGCUCUCUAARGUGAAAGCUGUUGAAUUUGUUGUGGACCAGACUUUUGACAGACAGUAUUGUUUCCAGGUAGUUUAUGAUGAAUAUAUUUUAUAUGUAACAGCCACCAACUCAGAUCAAAGAAAGGACUGGAUGGAAUUGUUAAGAGAUGAAAUCCGUGAAAAUAAAUUUCUACUCAUGAAAUAUCAUCCUGGUGCAUAUCURAAUAGCAAGUGGUCGUGCUGCAAUGAGAAAGAUAAGGCUGACAAUGGUUGCCAAGAUACUUUCAUAAGUAUUGAGAAGAUGGCAUUUCAAGCCAAAGAAAAUAUAGCUAAAAAUGAAGACAGAGCAUUCAUAGCAAAUCAGCCUYUACCUCCUCUCCCUGGCGAGGCACCAAAAGAAGUAGCAAGAAAACCAUUUGAGAAUGAAAGUUGCAUAGAAGUAGUUGUAGCUGUUUAUGAAUUCAAGGGUGUUGAACCUGGCGAUUUGUCACUUUCCUGUGGAGAACUAUUUGCUGUUCUUGAUAAGUCGGGGGAACACUGGUGGCUUGCAAAGAACACAAGAGGCGAUCAAGGUUACAUUCCAAGCAACUAUGUCAGAAAGCAAGGAUUAGAGAGUGAAAGUUGGUUUCAACCUGAGAUGUCAAGACAGCAGACUGAAGAUGCCCUUAGAACUGAGGGAAAAGAGGGCUGCUUUGUUGUGAGAAAAUCAAGCAGAGAGGGAAUGUACACUUUAUCUGUUCUCCAUGGUGAAAGUGUACGUCAUUACCACAUAAAAGUCGAUGAAGAGGACCAAUUUUACAUAUCAGAUAGACACAGGUUUGAUUCAGUUCCUGAACUAAUCCAUUAUCACCAGCAUAAUAGUGGAGGAUUAGUUACAAGACUGAGGCAGCCUCCAUCAUUUGGAAAGAAACCUUCUACUGCAGGGUUUGGACAUGGUAAGUGUGUAUGGGAAGAAAAAAAGAAGGAAAGUUAUCCUGUUGCUGUCAAAAUGAUGAAAGAUGGUGCCAUGUCAGAAAAAAACUUUAUCGAGGAAGCCAAAGUUAUGAAACAAUUCCAGCAUAAAAAAAUUGUUCAACUUUAUGGAGUUUGUUCAACAAGUCCCAUUUACAUUAUUACUGAGAAAAAAAUUAAAGGAUGCCAAAAAAAUUAUUUGAGGAAAAAUCAAUUUAAGCUCAACUCACCAGAGAUGACUGACAUGGUUAGUCAAGUGGCUUGUGCCAUGAAAUACCUGGAGAAGAAAAACUUUAUACACAGAGACCAGGCUGCUCGAAAUUGUCUAAUAGGAGAAAACAAGACAGUUAAAGUAGCAGACUUUGGUUUAUCGAGAUAUGUUAUAGAUGAUGAAUACACAGCUAAAAAAAGAACCAAAUUUCCUAUCAAAUGGGCAGCACCUGAAGUUAUAUUAUACAGUAAAUUUAGCAGUAAAUCUGAUGUUUGGGCAUUUGGAAUUUUAGCAUGGGAAAAAAAAUCUUCUGGCAAGACACCAUACCCUGCAAUGAGUAACUCAGAUGUCGUACAACAAAAAUUGCAAAAUUAUCGUUUAGAGAAACCCAGCAAGUGUCCAGAUCUUGCCUAUGAAAAAAAGCGCAAAUGUUGGAUUGAGGAAAGUGAGCUAAGACCAACAUUUGUGGAAAUAAACAGAAAAAAAACAAAAUUAGUUGGAGAUGAUGAUACUGAUUCUUUUUAA